AUGAGUGAGCAGUUAUACAAGUACCCAGAAUGCCGUUUGACAGAGAAGGGAAGAGAAUACAUUGGGAGCGUGAAUAAGACGGAAUCAGGAAAAGAGUGCCUGAGGUGGGACAAGAAGCCCUAUGGGACACCCGAUGACUUUUUCGAGAACAUCACGUAUUCUGGCCAUUUCACCAACGUGGAUACCUGGUCUCACAAGAACUACUGUCGAAACCCGUCUGGAAAGGAGAGGCCAUGGUGUUUCGUCAUGGACAAAGAUGUCCAAUGGGAAUAUUGCGAUAUUCCCAUAUGCACGGAUAAGGGUAGUUAUUCUAUAGUAAUUCCGUACCCGUAUCACAUACCAAUCAACCACCCUCCGGAGUGCAAGAUGACUCAACAGGGCGGUGAAUACAUUGGAAGGAAGAACGUGAGCCAUUCCGGAUUCCCAUGCCAACCCUGGAGGAGCGUAGAACCACAAAAUUACACUCAAAUUGUAAUGGCUGAGAACUUUCCGGGAAUCCCGGAUUACGAAGAGAUUGAUGAACAUUACAAUUUCUGCCGCAAUCCCGAUGGAGACGCUUCCCCCUAUUGUUACAAUGGAAAAGGGGGAUCUCCACCAUGGGAACAUUGCGACCUUUCCUUCUGCCACCUCCCAGAUGUUAAAGGACAAGAGGGGAAUGUGUAUCCAGAAUGCCGACUUUCAGAAAAAGGGAAAGAAUAUUUGGGGAAGAAGGAUGUGACUGAAACAGGAAAGCCUUGUCUCCAUUGGGAAUCGCAGCCGUAUGGCAUGCCAUGGGAUUUCUACAAUUCUAAAAUAGAUUAUGCUGAGCACUUCCUCAAUCAAGACCCGACAUUGCACAAGAAUUACUGCCGAAAUCCUUCCUUGUACAGGGAAAGGCCUUGGUGCUUUGUCCUUGACUCUGACAUCGUGUGGGAGUACUGCAACAUCCCCUUCUGUCAUCACCUUGGUGAGUCCUUUCAUUCACACUUGGCAAAAUCGGCCGCUUCGCAUCUUGAGGCCAAUCCUCCCGAGUGCAAGCUGACAGGAACAGGCGGAGAAUACGUCGGAAGACGAAAUACGAGCAUAUCCGGAUCCCCUUGUCAACAUUGGCUGUCUCAGUCACCAGAACCUCACGAGGCCAUAAGGAAUACCCUUUCCGCAUUUUCAGAUGAAGUUGAUGGGAGCCACAACUUCUGCCGUAACCCUGACGGGAGUGUCCACGGUCCAUGGUGUUUCAUUGAAUCUAAAGAUGGGUCAAUGUGGGAGUAUUGCGAUGUUCCUUAUUGCCCCAAGACGGAAGGAGAAAAGUGCGAUAUUAGAGUCUCGGGACUUUGCGUCACUCCGGUGGAGUGCAAAAAAGGCAGGAAGGGAGACAAGUACAUGGGAACGAAGAAUGUCACGAAAUCGGGUCACCGUUGUCAGCUGUGGAUGAGUCGUUCGCCGAACGAUCACGACCCGUCUUCGAGUUUCUACGAAGUUGCUGGUUUAUUCCCGGACGACUUGCAUCCUUCUCACAACUUUUGCCGGAAUCCUAAUGGAGACGUUGGUGGGCCUUGGUGUUUUAAUGGAGAUGGAACGAAUCCCUCAAUUGACUACUGCGAAGUGAAGCCUUGCUAA